CAAUCACCUUAUAAAUACUGUAUUAAAGAACUAACAAGAAACUUGGCUACAAUUCCAAAGCGAAAAUGAAGAUGAGUCUUUUCUGUUGGUGGGACUGAAAGGGUUUUUGAGUUGUGUGGAAUUAUCAAUUGUUUAUCACUUUUUUGGGAUUUUUGGUUUGCCAAUUUGGGGUUAGAUUUGAUCGAUUGGUUUUCGGAAAUAUAGAGAGGAAAAAGGAUGGCGCAAGCAGUGGAAGAAUGGUAUAAGCAGAUGCCGAUCAUCACCCGAACGUACCUUACCGCUGCCAUCGUUACAACCAUCGGUUGCUCCCUCGACAUAAUAUCACCAUAUGACUUGUACUUGAAUCCGGUUCUCGUAGUAAAGCAUUACCAAGUCUGGCGGAUCGUUACAAAUUUCUUGUAUUUUCGCAAAAUGGACCUGGACUUUUUGUUUCACAUGUUCUUCCUUGCUCGAUACUGCAAGCUUCUUGAAGAGAACUCCUUCCGGGGAAGGACUGCAGAUUUUUUCUACAUGAUCUUAUUUGGUGCCUCUGUUUUGACUGGCACUGUUCUUAUCGGGGGAAUGAUUCCUUACAUCUCAGAGUCAUUCGCUAGGAUUAUAUUCCUUAGCAAUUCGCUCACAUUUAUGAUGGUUUAUGUUUGGAGCAAGCAGAACCCAUACAUCCAUAUGAGCUUUUUGGGCCUAUUCACUUUCACAGCUGGGUAUCUUCCAUGGGUUCUUCUUGGUUUCUCUGUCCUUGUUGGUGCUAGUCCUUGGGUGGACUUGUUGGGAAUGAUAGCUGGCCAUGCCUACUAUUUUCUUGAAGAUGUAUAUCCACGAAUGACAGGUCGACGUCCCCUGAGUACUCCGGCUUUUAUUAAAUCAUUGUUUGCAGAAGAGCCUGUUGUAGCAGCUCGGCCUGCAGAGCUGAGAUUUGCUCCUCCACCAGUCGAUAAUGUUCAACAGAAUUGACCAGGUUUCUGGGGUAAUGGACGAUGGCCUAUGUUUUAAUCUGCAUCAAAAUUCGUAGGUCCAUCAGGUGUUUAUAUGACAAUACAUUGAACGAGUUAUCAUCAUCCAAUCUCAAUCUUCAUCAACUCAACAAGUUUAGGCAGCAACUGUAAGAAGAAGAUGCAACUUGUAAUCUAAACUUACGCGGGAUACUCAGUUUUUGGUAUAGGAAAUAUUUGUGCUUUUGUUUUUAGUGAAACUUUUACUGGAUGGAUAGAUUGAAAUGCCUUUUUCACACGUCUGAGUUGAAAUUUAUAUGUUCAUAUAGUUUUCCUGUUGAAUUGAUCAUCGUCUUAUGGCUUUUGGCGGGUAAAAUUUCAUUCAUCUA